UUCUUUGCUUUGUUGAAUUUACGCAAAAGUUAUAAAGAUGUUGUCACGAUUUGGAAGUUUACGUAAACCGAUAUUUUCUAGUCUUUUCAAAAAUAAAAAUGUGAUUGUAUCAGCCGUGAGGAACAGUCAUGCUGUUCAGUAUCGCGUACCCCCUCCACCGGCUCCGAAGAUUAUACGAAUUGGUGCUGAAGUUACAUCAGCUUUUAUGUGGUGGUGGAUUCUUUGGCAUUUGUGGCAUGAAUAUGGACAUAUUAUAGGAGAAUUUCCAUAUCCCGCUACUAAAGAAUGGACUAAUGAAGAGCUUGGUAUUCCUACAGAUUGAAAAUAACUUCAAUUAGUAAGCAUUGAUGUUAAAAGAGGCUAAGAAACAUCACAGAAAUAAAUUUCAAUAAUUCUAUUCACUAGAA